UAUCACCCAUGCCACCACUAAACACCAAACAGCAGUUUUUCCAGCUGCUCAAGUCACAAACCGUCAAGGACUCGCAGUUAGCGGGCAGCGGAGGCUACACGUCCGAAAUCAUUUUCGUGUCCGUUAAUGCCACCAGCACCACCGUGGUCAAUUCCCGUACUGAUAAGUCCCUUCGAGUUUGGAAACUAACUAAUUCUGGGCUCACAGAGUCAAAAAUCAUCGAAAGUCCCCACGAAAAGUCUGUGGAGCGAAUCGCCUGGCACCCCAAGCAUGAUAGUACUUUCGCCAGUGUGGGACGAGACCUGUACGUCAAGGUCUGGCGGGCUCACCACGGGAAGCUCCAACAAGAAAUCAAGAUUGAAAAAUGGCACUCAUCCGAAACGCCGUCGCCAGUUCUGUGCCAGUUCGUGCUGUACUCUCCUGAUGGCCGAAUUCUAGCGGUGGUGGAUCGCGAUAGCACCAUCAGUUUCCUUGCAGUGGGUGAUGACUAUCGUAAGGUUCAUGAACUACAUUUGUCUCAACACAUUUACGACUUCCAGUGGUUUAACCACCAGCACCAGUUCUUCGUGGUGGCUCUCCAUGACGGUACCGCUCCCGUAUACGAGUUCGACGAUACUACCACGAGCACCAAGCUCUGGACCACCAUUACCGGCCACCGCUCGUCAAUUACUUCCAUCAGCAUCGACCCGCUUGGGACCUACUUCGCACUCGGGUCCAACGAAGGAGUGGUGUCAAUUCACCGGUGCAGCACGAUGCUCGUGGAAAAAACGCUCACCGAUGUGGAUGAUGCCAUUCUGUGUGUCAGUAUCAGUCGAGAAGGGUCGCACAUUGGUGUAGCCUUUGAUACCACAGAGAAUAUCCGGAUCUUUGAGUACACUCUGGGAUCACAAUUGAUGGAAGUUCCCAAUUCUGCCGCCGGGAAAUCGGUUUUGCCUUCAAUGUGCUGGAUUCCCAAUCGAACCCUGUAUAUCUUUGCGAGCCUGGGUUGCACCACUAUGACCUACAUGUAUAAAAAUGACUAGAGGCUCUUGUUCUUAGCACAUGAUUUAAUGGCUUGACGUACCGCGCUGCCCCAAGUCCAAUUCUAGUAGUUGCACCUGUUCUAUACGAAUGUCGCGUCGACAACUCCUUUAACCCCAGGCUGCAAAUAACUAAUAUACAUCAUUUACACUAAA